AUGUCAAUCUACACCAACUGCGUGUACUUUACGCUAUGGAAGAGUUAUGAUUUGUUGUGGUUUUGGAUGCAUUUGAUCCUCUGCAGUUGCUUCCCACAACUCAGGCCGGAGAACUACCUGAUUGUAUGGUCAAACUUGAUCAUCAAAAAGCUCACCAAAUAUCCAGACUAUACUUUCAAGCAACUCUACUAUGCUCUCUACACCAGUAAUAGGUCGGCCCACUUUACAAAACGGUUGAUGUCACGGAAAGAAAAGAAAGGAGUUAUUGAGUUGGACUCCAAUAGUGAUGAAGACGAGAAAAACGAACCAACAACGAGUAGAAGUGCGGCAAAUGUGGAUCCGGAAGCUCCAAUCCCUUUGAGAACCAUCAAUCCGGAAAGAUCAGCAAAGGCCAUACCAACUCCAGUCGUACAGAUUGCUGAGGUUGAAGAAGACGAUGCCGAUGAGAACGACGAGCACAACGCCACGGAAACAACACCGCUCCGCCCACCGAGACCAUCUCGUCCAAAGUUCGAAGAGCCAGAAGAGGAUGACGAUGAAGUGAUUGAAGUGGUCACUGACGCUGUAGCAGAAGACGAAUCACCAAAAGAGAGCCCAACAUCCGAGAAAAAGGAUAGCCCAACAUCAGAGCAGCCGAAAUGGAAAUCAUACGUACCAAAUUCGGUGAUGAAAUUUCUACCACGGCAAGAAAGUUCCACACCAUCUGUUCAAUCCAAAGCAUCUACCAAUAAGGACAUGAGCAAGGAGGUGAAUAACAAAGAUGGUACCAACUCGACAUCUGCAAUCGGACGAUUCUACGACAGAAUCAAGUUCAAUAGAACAAAUUCGAAUUCCUCUACAAACACCAGUCGACCAAAUGAGAUAGAAAUACUGCGACCUGACUACUCAAAUCGCUAUGAUUGUCAUGACAAAUCAAAACAAGAAUCACAAGAAAAACGCGAUAGAAAAGCUCUUCGACACCGUAUUCGACACGAACUGAGGAUGGCGAUGAAGGCAGAUGCAGCAAAGGAAAGAGAUCGUAAGAAGGUGACCGACGCAAUUGAGCUCUUACUUCAACUUCUUCGAAUGAUGUCGUCGUUUGCAAUGCUCAUUGGCACAAUCAGGAAAACCUUCAUCCCAGCAUCAUUCAAGUAUCUGAAACCAGGCCAGCACGCUUAUGACAACUAUGAGCUCAUAAUUUUGUUCCGAUGUACUGCCUUUCUCGAUAUUGCUAUGUUCUGGAUGAAUGUCACCUACGCUUAUUGCUUGCAAUGGCAACUAUGUUGUCGACUUGGUUUCACUCGUUUUGUCUUCUGGGCAAUGAUUCUUGGCGUGGUGUCAACGACAGUUAUGUUCAUCCCAAUGACGUACGUUAUGAAUGAUUUGGAUUUGAGUUGGUGCCGAUUGAUGCCCAACACUACCUUCGCGAAGUAUCAACCGAGUUGGUGA